ACUUUAUACACUGGUAUUGUCAUUUAUGCUCCAGCUUUAGCAUUAAAUCAAGUCACUGGCUUCGACUUGUGGGGUGCAGUGGUGGCGACCGGCGUGGUCUGCACUUUCUACUGCACACUGGGUGGUCUGAAGGCAGUGGUGUGGACAGAUGUUUUCCAGGUUGGAAUCAUGGUGGCUGGAUUUUCGUCUGUGAUUAUACGAGCUGUGGUGGUUCAGGAGGGAAUUGGACGCAUUGUAAAUGAUUCCUACUAUGGAGGAAGAUUAAACUUCUGGGACUUUAAUCCCAAUCCUUUGCAAAGGCACACCUUCUGGACGAUUGUUAUAGGUGGGACUUUCACAUGGACUGGCAUAUAUGGAGUCAACCAGUCUCAAGUACAGAGAUACAUUGCAUGCAAAAGCAGGUUCCACGCCAAAAUGUCCCUCUACAUCAACCUGGUGGGCCUCUGGGCCAUACUGGCCUGCGCGGUGCUGUGCGGGCUGUCCCUCUACUCCAUCUACAAGGACUGCGACCCGUGGACGGCAAAGCAGGUGUCGGCGCUCGACCAGCUAAUGCCAUACCUAGUGCUGGAUAUUCUCCACGAUUUUCCAGGAGUGCCGGGGCUUUUUGUGGCUAGUGCCUACAGUGGGACAUUAAGUACAGUGUCCUCCAGCAUCAAUGCUCUGGCUGCCGUGACUGUUGAAGACCUCAUUAGACCGUACUUCAGAUCCCUCUCUGAAAAGAAGUUGUCAUGGAUUUCCAUGGGGAUGAGCCUGUUUUAUGGCGGAGUCUGCAUCGCUAUGGCUGCACUGGCGUCUCUCCUGGGAGCCUUGUUGCAGGCAGCGCUCAGCAUUUUUGGCAUGGUCGGUGGCCCCCUUCUAGGACUGUUUGCCUUGGGAAUCCUCUGCUCCUUUGCAAAUGGAAUUGGUGCAUUUGUGGGUCUUGUCAGUGGCUUUGUUGUUUCACUUUGGGUUGGAAUCGGGUCUCAGAUUUAUCCUCCGCUCCCAGAGAGGACCAAGCCACUCUAUCUCUCAACUGCAGGCUGUAAUAUAUCCUCAGGAAAUAUGAUGUCAACAGAAAACCCAUUAACAACAGUCUUCAACACACCAACUGCAGAGAGGCCUGCCCUGGCAGACAACUGGUAUUCCUUGUCUUAUCUCUACUUCAGCACAGUUGGGACACUUAUCACAGUAAUUGUGGGAAUAAUUAUCAGCCUCUUAACAGGAGGACUAAAGCAGAACACAGAUCGUAAAUUCCUGUUGACCAAGGAAGAUUUCCUCUCCAACUUCUCACGGUCUAAAUCUGAGACACCAGAGAAAGUGGAAGUGUUGCACUGGAAACCAUUUACCGUGGCAGCUGAAGGAACUGACAACCCUGCUUUCAGCCACAUUGAAAUGGAUGUUGCAAGCAGUAAGAACAAAGCCAACGGCCUUCAUAUAUGA